AUGGCCCUCAUCACCAAUAUUGAUCCCCAACACUUGUGCUUCUUGUCCUCCAUCCUCCUCAUCUCAACCCUCCUGUACUUCUACCGAUCCUUUCUGAGAAAACCCAGCAACCAAUACAAGCUACCACCAUGCCCUCCAUCUCUUCCCAUCAUAGGACAUCUCCAUCUCAUAGGUCCCAUAUUGCAUCAGUCCUUGCAGUCUCUCUCCAACAAACAUGGCCCUCUCAUCUCUCUACAUCUAGGGGCCUCUCACUGUCUAGUUGCAUCUUCAGCCUCUAUAGCUAAUGAAAUCUUCAAGACCCAUGACCUUAUCUUUGCCUUUCGCCCCAAAUUCACCUAUGAAGAUCAGGUCAGUUUAUACCAUGGCUGCAGUUUCCUCAUGGCACCAUAUGGUCCAUAUUGGAGGUUCAUGAAGAAGCUAUGCAUGACAACCCUCCUUGGAGAACAACAACUUCAUAGGUUUGCUUGGAUAAAACAAGAGGAGAUUCGAAGAUUGUUAAGGAGACUACAUAAGAGCUCUCAAGAUGGAAAGCCUAUGGAUAUGGAUGUGGAGAUGAGGGUGUUGACAAACAAUAUCAUUUGUAGAAUGGCAAUGAGCACAAGAAAGCGUGAAGGGGCCAUUAAUGAAGCUGAGGAGUGUAGAGAAUUGGUUCAUGAGAUUAGUUCUGUGGGAGCAAAGAUGAGUUUGGGGGAGGUUUUGGGUCCUCUAGGGAAAUUGGAUUGGUUUGGAUAUCAGAGGAAGAUGAGAGAAGCAAUUAGGAGUUUUGAUGAAUUGAUGGAGAGGAUCUUGCAAGAACAUCAGAGUAGACCACACAACACCAAUGAGGAUAGUGAUAGGGAACAUAAGGAUUUGAUGGAUAUUCUGUUGGACAUCUCUCAAGAUGAAAAGGCCAAGGUGAAGUUGACUCACACUGGGAUCAAAGCUUUCCUCCUUGAGAUGUUCAGCGGAGGCACUGAUACCUCAGCCAAAUCCAUGCAGUGGGCACUAGCAUUACUCAUUAACCAUCCUGAUGUAUUCAAGAAAGUGAGAGAGGAGAUAAAGUUGAUGGUUGGCAGAAGCAGACUAGUUGAAGAAUCUGACAUUCAAAAACUCCCUUACUUGCAAGCAGUCAUAAAGGAAACUCUAAGACUCUACCCUACAUUCCCUGUUUUGGGCAGAGAAUGCACCCAAGAUUGCAAAAUUGGAGGCUAUGAUGUGUUGAAGAACACUAGGGUACUGGUUAACCUGUACACCAUCAUGAGGGACCCUAACUCAUGGGAGGAACCAAAUGAGUUCAGACCAGAGAGGUUCUUGGUUAACUCCAAAGAGAGCAUCCAAAACCAGAUCAUGAAUAUUGAUUUUAUACCCUUUGGUGGUGGAAGGAGAAGCUGUCCUGGUCAAUCCCAUGCCUUGACAAUCAUGCACAUCACAAUUGCAUCUAUGAUCCAAUGCUUCGAUUGGAAGAUCCAUGGAGAGAAUGGUGCAACUACUACUGUCAACAUGGAACAUGGCUCAGACCUAACUCUAGGUAUGGCACACCCAUUGGUUUGCCUUCCCAUACCCAUACUUCACUCAUUUGUUGAUUCAAUGUAACAUAAACAAACAUGUUGAGCAUACAAGUCAGCUUUUGAGAGAGAGAGAGAGAGAG